UUCUAGUUCCGGUUGAGGAAGUCAACGCUGCUCACGCUCCUCCUGUCUUCUCGGCAGCCGCUGGUUGGCUUACGCCAGCGCGCGUUCCUCUCACUGUUGGCGUGAAGGGAGGAGGAGGAAUAGGAAGAUCCGCUGCCACCACCGCUGCUAGGUUGCCGGCUUCGGCUGGAGUCCUUGCUUUGGUUCCUAAGGCUGCGCCCGCCCGACUUCCUUUCUCCCCCCCCCCCGUUUCAUCUUCCACCUAGUUCGUGCGGUUGCUUGAGCGCUCGCCUCACUCCACCUUCUCUCCUCCUCUCCCCCCUUCUCCUUUCCCUUUCCUCCCCCCCCGCCCUUUGCCCUUGUUGCCUUCGCCAUGUCCACCCGCUCGUGCCGGGAGAAGGCGCAGAAGCAGAACGACCAACAUCAGGUCAUCCUGGCCAAGCUCCUGCGGGAGGAGGACAACAAGUACUGCGCUGACUGUGAGGCCAAGGGUCCACGAUGGGCUUCCUGGAACACGGGUGUAUUUAUUUGUAUCAGGUGUGCUGGAAUACAUCGAAACCUGGGAGUUCAUAUAUCAAGGGUAAAGUCUGUCAACUUGGACCAAUGGACACCAGAACAAAUACAGUGCAUGCAGGAGAUGGGAAAUACCAAGGCAAGGUUACUUUAUGAAGCUAAUCUACCAGAGAACUUUCGAAGACCUCAAACAGAUCAAGCCGUGGAAUUUUUCAUCAGGGAUAAAUAUGAGAAGAAGAAAUACUAUGACAAAAAUGCUGCUAAUGUCACCAGUAUGUGUUCCUCUGAUACUGCUCAACCUUUGGCAUCUUCUCCUCUGCAAGCUGCUUCUGAGAAAAGCAAAAUAGAGAAGGACAAAGAAAAAAGGAAGGAAGAGAAAAAGAAAGACAGAGAGCCAGAAAAACCUUUGAAAUGCUUAGAAGUUGAAAAACCUCCAAAGAAAGAAGAUCAGCAACUGGAACUUAAAGCAAGCCCUAAAAAGGUUCCAGAAUCCACUGUUGAUCUCUUGGGACUUGAUGGUCCUGCUGAUUCCUCUGUUACAAAUGGAAGCAUCACCACUCCUGCCACGGUGUUGAAUGAUGACCUAGAUAUAUUUGGCCCAAUGAUCUCUAAUCCAUUGCCAGCCACUUCUAUACCUCCUUCUCAGACUGCUUCCACUAAUUCUGCAGCUGCCACCUUAUCUACUGCAUCUGGAGAUCUUGAUCUGUUCACUGAACAAACAAAAUCAGAAGAGUCAGCAAAGAAACAGCUCUCCAAAGACUCUAUCUUGUCACUGUAUGGCACAGGUACUAUGCCGCAGCAAAAUGCUCCAGGUGUAUUCAUGGGACCACAACCUAUUCCCUUUACUGCACAGCCAUCGGCUCAUUUUCAAGGUUUUCCAGCCAUGGGAGUGCCGAUGCCUGCAACCCCUGCAAUGAUAGGAAACAUGAUGGGACAGUCGGUACCUGUGUUAGGACAGAAUGCAGGCAUGAUGGUGGGCAUGGGAAUGCCUAAUGGCUUUUCUGUCGCUACACAAACUGCUGGUUUGGGACUUCCCCAAAAUGUUGUUGGCCCCCAAGGAACAAUGGUGAGACAGAUAGCCCCACCACAGAAAUAUGGUAUGCAACAAAAUCAACAAACUCCAUGGAACCUUUCUCAGAUGAAUCAGCAAAUGGCUGGAAUGAAUCUGAGUAGUUCCAGCAAUAUGAUGGGCUUUGGCCAGCCCCCAAAUACAGUGGCAGGAUGGACUGGAAGUUCCUCGGGCCAGACUCUCAGCACACAACUCUGGAAAUGAAAAUUGCAAUAGAAGUUUCAUCUAGUUCAGACAUUCCAUGCUCAACUGCAUCUAGUUUCCUGGUCUGUCUACAUACAUUUCCCCCCUCUCCAAUAUCACUGUCGUUCAUAUCAAGACGUAAUCUUAACUGACCGUGUUGUGGUCUGUAUUGACUUAAACUUUGAUGUAGUGAAAAGCAGGUUGAGAACACCUAUCAUCGGCAGCUUUUUCAUUCCACACUACAUUUGAUUUCAUGAAUCAUACCUUUCAAAACAGCUGUGUGACCAACUACAUACUCAAAUAAUUUUAUCAGUUAUAGAACAAAUGUUUGCAUAUAAGAGAAGCAGAUAUCAUGUUAGUACUAUCUCUAAUAUGUAAAUCCCACUCACAAAUUAUCCAGUAAUCCUGUAGAAGGUACUGUAUGAACAAAUGUUAAUCAUAUAAAUAAGAGUGUACAUGUAUCACUGAACAUUUUUCCUUGUGUAACAAUGAUUUUGUUCCAUUAUUCAUGUCAUUGUGAUAUUUCUAUGAUGUGCUGAACAGGGAAGUUGGUUAGUGAAAGAGAUAUAAACCUGGAUGUCACUGUGGCUUCAUCCAUUUUCUUAACUAUUAGAGCUUCCUGUGUCAAAGUGUGCAAAUUUGGCUACAAAGAUAUGUACAGAGGGCUAAUCUGAAGUAUAUUGCACAGCAUACAUGCAGGGUAACUCACUCAAUUGUACAUUUAAUUUUGUCUUUACAUCUGUAUCCAGGUUUAUGCCAGUAAUUGUGUUUACAUUUUAUGGGUGCCUCACAUCGAUAAGCUGUUGCUUCCCUCUAUUAAAGAAAUCCAUAAACAUCA